AUCAUACACAAUGAAGCCAUUAAAAAUACAUAUGAGUCCGAGUAUCUAUGCACGUUCUUAUGACUCUACAAAUAAGAUCGUGUCACAUAUUUUUGCACGGUUUGAGGUGCACUUGCGAAACUAGUAAGUUAAUUAUGGUACCUAUUAACAAGGAUUGACCAAUGACCGACUUCAAAAAGUUUUGUAAGUUUAAAAUAAGUUGUGAGUGCAAGUUGUGAGAGCCGGCCGUAGGCUGGAACGGGUCUAGCGCGACAACGCGGCGGGGAGUAGAGUCCCUCGCUCCGCUCGCGCGCUCCAAUCAAACGCUAGGGGCGGCGAUAAGAGUAGGACGUGCGAUGACUGGCCUUAAAGUGCGAGGAGGACGGGUGCGAAGGCGGGCGCGCCUAGCCACGCCGUCGUCAUCAGUCAGUGACAGUUGCGUGGCGCGCGGCGUAGCCUGCGAGUGACGGUGAACGAAUGGUUGAGUGUUGUCGCGAGUGAGUGAGUGUCGCCAUCGACAUCGACAUGUCGUCGCCGCGGCGGGCCGUCUACAGCAUCGACCACAUCCUGGGCCGGCGGCCGCGCGACCACGUGGAACUCAAGACCGAGAGCCGAGCGCACACGCCGUCCGACUCGGAGCUGGAGCUCGAGCACGAGCACGAGCACGAGCAUGAGCACGAGCAUGAGCGCGAGCACGAGCAGGAGCACGAGCACGAACGGGAGCAAGACUCAGCACGGGAGCCGCUGGAGCUGGACUCAUUAGACACCGGACGACCGAGAAAGCAGGUGCGCCGCAGCCGGACCACGUUCACCACAUACCAGCUGCACGAGCUGGAGCGCGCCUUCGACGCCACACAGUACCCCGACGUGUUCACGAGGGAAGAGCUGGCUCUCAGGCUAGAGCUCAGUGAAGCGCGUGUUCAGGUGUGGUUCCAGAACCGGCGAGCAAAGUGGCGCAAGCGCGAGAAGGCGCUGGGCCGCGAGCACGCUCCCUUCCUCCACCACGACCACGUGGUGAGCGAAUGGAACGGCGCGGGCGCCGGCGGCGAGUGGUGGGCGCUGGGACUCGGCGCUCUCGGCGUGGCCCCACCUUUAUGGCCAGCUGAACCGACUGCCUUCCGAGCCUUGUUACACAGGUAUGUGCUAUCGCUCCCGCCGGCGCUGGGCCCGCUGGCGCCGCCGCCGCGCUCGCCGUCGCCCGGCGCGGCCCGCGCGCCCGCCGCCGCGCCCGCCGACCUGCGCCUGCGCCUCGAGCUGCCCGAGCGGGCGCUCGCGCUGCACGCCGGCAGCAAGAUGCACACGUAGCACGACUGAGUGACACUUACACUAUAGUUUGUUUUUUUAGCAUUAGAAAAAAGGUAAACAAUUUUGACGUGUCUAUUUAUUGAAAAUUCUUGAAAAACGCUUUUAAAAAUUAGUUAAUACUUAUUACUUAUAGAAGUAAAAGAAUAUAACAAAUCGUUUAUAAUUUAUAAUUAAUUUUCUAUGAUGUGACUUAUUUAAAAAAAAUUUUUUUUCAAUAAAAAGACACGUCACCAGACCUUCAUUCUAAUGCAAAAAAAAUGUAAAUGUUAAGACUCCUUUUAGGUGGAAAUAACCCUCAUUUUAUGAGUCACUGUUAUCAUCUGGCCUCAUAAUACUGGCGCCCAACAUGGGCCACAAUAAUAGUCUUAUUCUGAUUGGCAGUUUAGCACCCGUGCGUUAAGUGAAGACUUGUUUACUAAGUUUAAGACGCCUUUGUUUCUGACGAGGAGAUCUUGUCCUCCUGAUUUAUGUCACACCUGGGCUCCCCGUAAUAUUGGCGCCCAGCGUGGGGGCUUAGUCUUGGAAUUAGGUUUCAAGUUGACUGAUCCUAUCCUGAUAUUCAGCAGCCAUGCGUUAAUAUACAGAAAAUGUUUCGAGUGAUAGGCAAGGGGGCGUCCAUUA